UUUCAGCCAACGGGGUCGCUGCGCCUCCACUUUCCACGCGAGGACGUUCACACAACCCUGAAUGAAAAAGACGGAGCUUUGUGCCCGAAACUAAAAAAAACACCCGAACCCGAACCCGAGCCUGACUCAUGAAUUAAAACAACGACUUGUCUGUGAGAGGCCAGUAGAGGACCGUCUGUCUGUCUGGAGAAGGAUGAUGGAGUUCCCGCAACAGCCUCAGCAGCAACGGCCAGCGGGGGACGGAAAGAUCACCUACCCACUGGGUGUCAAAGAGAUCACUGAUAAGAUCACCAACGAUGAAGUUGUCAAACGACUCAAGCUGGUGGUCAAGACAUAUAUGGACAUGGAUCAAGACUCAGAGGAGGAAAAGCAGCAGUAUUUGGCUCUGGCUCUUCACUUGGCCUCUGAGUUCUUCCUGCGAAACCCCAACAAGGAUGUACGGUUACUCGUGGCCUGCUGUCUCGCUGACAUCUUCAGGAUCUACGCUCCAGAGGCCCCAUACACCUCACAUGACAAACUCAAGGAAAUUUUUCUCUUCAUUACAAGGCAGUUAAAGGGAUUAGAGGACACUAAGAGCCCUCAGUUCAACAGAUAUUUUUACUUGCUAGAGAACCUGGCAUGGGUGAAGUCCUACAACAUCUGUUUUGAAUUGGAGGACUGUAAUGAGAUCUUCAUCCAGCUCUUCAAAACCCUAUUUUCUGUCAUCAAUAACAGCCAUAAUCAGAAGGUGCAGAUGCACAUGCUGGACCUGAUGAGUUCCAUCAUCAUGGAGGGAGAUGGAGUGACGCAGGAGCUACUAGACACGAUUCUCAUCAACCUCAUCCCUGCUCACAAAAACUUGAAUAAGCAGGCAUAUGACCUGGCCAAGACUCUUCUGAAGAGAACGGUUCAGACCAUCGAAACCUGCAUCGCCUCAUUUUUUAAUCAGGUGUUGGUGAUGGGGAAGUCCUCCGUGAGUGAUCUGUCUGAGCAUGUAUUUGACCUCAUUCAGGAGCUUUUUGCAAUUGACCCUCUGCUCCUUGUCUCUGUGAUGCCACAACUUGAGUUCAAAUUGAAGAGUAAUGAUGGAGAGGAGAGGUUGGCUGUGGUGAAACUGUUGGCUAAACUCUUUGGAGCAAAAGACUCUGAACUGGCCACUCAGAAUCGCCCACUCUGGCAGUGUUUUCUUGGCAGGUUCAAUGACAUUCAUGUUCCUGUGAGACUGGAAUGUGUGAAGUUUGCCAGCCACUGCCUGAUGAACCACCCAGAUCUUGCCAAGGAUCUUACAGAUUUUCUGAAGGUGAGAUCACAUGACCCGGAGGAGGCAAUCAGACAUGAUGUCAUUGUGACCAUCAUCAAUGCAGGGAAGAAAGACCUGAACCUGGUGAAUGAUCAACUGUUGGGGUUCGUCAGAGAGAGGAUGUUGGACAAGAGGUGGCGUGUCCGUAAAGAAGGAAUGAUGGGUUUGGCUCAACUGUAUAAGAAGUACUGUCUGCACCAUGAGGCCGGGAAGGAGACCGCUUUGAAAAUCAGCUGGAUCAAAGACAAACUCUUACACAUCUACUACCAGAACAGCAUAGAUGACAAGUUGCUGGUGGAGAAGAUCUUUGCACAGUACAUGGUUCCUCACAGUCUGGAGACUGAAGAGAAGAUGAAGUGUCUGUACUACCUUUAUGCCUGUCUGGACACUAACGCAGUCAAAGCACUGAACGAAAUGUGGAAGUGUCAGAAUAUGCUCAGAGGGCUGGUUCGAGAACUGCUGGACUUACACAAACUGCCUACAUCUGAAUCAAAUACCACAGCCAUGUUUGGGAAACUUAUGAACAUCGCUAAGAAUCUCCCAGACCCGGGCAAAGCUCAGGACUUUAUGAAGAAGUUUAAUCAGGCUCUGGGUGAAGAUGAGAAACUACGUCUUCAGCUUGAGCAGCUCAUCAGCCCCACCUGCUCAUGUAAACAGGCUGAACAGUGUGUGAGGGAAAUCACACGGAAGCUGACAUUCCCCAAGCAACCCACAAACCCAUUCCUGGAGAUGGUGAAAUUCCUGCUGGAGAGAAUCGCACCAGUUCACAUUGACUCUGAGGCCAUCAGUGCCCUGGUUAAGCUGUUAAAUAAGUCAAUUGAGGGCACUGCUGAUGAUGAAGAUGAGGGAGUUACUCCUGAUACUGCCAUCCGCGCUGGACUUGAGCUGCUCAAGGUUUUGUCAUUUACUCACCCCACUGCAUUCCACUCAGCUGAGACUUAUGAGUCUUUGCUGCAGUGUCUGAAGAUGGAGGACGAUAAAGUGGCGGAAGCAGCAAUACAGAUCUUCAGAAACACAGGACAAAAGAUUGAGACAGAACUCCCACAAAUCCGCUCGACUCUAAUUCCCAUACUACAUCAGAAGGCAAAACGAGGCACCCCCCACCAGGCCAAACAGGCGGUCAACUGCAUCCAUGCCAUCUUUCACAACAAAGAGGUCCAGUUAGCACAAAUAUUUGAGCCAUUGUCUCGCAGUCUGAAUGCAGAUGUGCCUGAACAGCUGAUCACUCCACUCGUGUCUCUUGGACACAUCUCCAUGCUGGCCCCGGAUCAAUUUGCGUCACCCAUGAAGUCAAUCGUAGCCAAUUUUAUCGUGAAGGACCUUCUGAUGAAUGACAGAUCUGUGGGAAACAAGAAUGGGCGGCUCUGGACAGCUGAUGAUGAGGUUUCCCCUGAAGUGCUGGCUAAGGUGCAAGCCAUUAAGCUGUUGGUCCGCUGGUUGCUGGGAAUGAGGAAUAAUCAGUCUAAAUCUGCAAACUCUACUCUCAGACUCCUCUCAGCCAUGCUGGUCAGUGAGGGAGACCUCACCGAGCAGAAGAAAAUCAGCAAGUCUGACAUGUCUCGACUGAGGCUUGCAGCGGGGAGCGCCAUCAUGAAACUGGCACAAGAGCCUUGUUACCAUGACAUCAUCACUCCAGAACAGUUCCAGCUCUGUGGACUCGUCAUUAAUGAUGAGUGCUAUCAGGUGCGGCAGAUCUUUGCUCAAAAGUUACAUGUUGCUCUGGUGAAGUUGUUGUUGCCACUGGAGUACAUGGCUGUGUUUGCUUUGUGCGCUAAAGACCCAGUGAAAGAGCGACGUGCUCAUGCCCGACAGUGCCUACUCAAGAACAUCAGUGUCCGCAGAGAGUACAUCAAACAGAAUCCCAUGGCCCAUGAAAAGCUGCUGUCUCUCCUGCCAGAAUACGUGGUGCCAUACAUGAUCCAUCUUCUAGCUCAUGAUCCAGACCUUACCAAGCCACAGGAUUUGGAGCAGAUCAGAGACGUCAAAGAGUGCUUGUGGUUCAUGCUGGAGGUGUUGAUGACAAAGAAUGAGAAUAACAGCCACUCAUUCCUGAGGAAGAUGGUAGAGAACAUCAAACAAACAAAAGAUGCACAGGCCCCAGACGACCCAAAGGCAAACGAGAAACUUUACAUUGUGUGUGAUGUGGCAUUAUUUGUGAUCGCAAACAAGAGCACUUCAUGUCAUCUGGACUCCCCAAAAGAUCCUGUGCUGCCUAGCAAGUUCUUUACCCCACCUGAUAAGGAUUUUGUCAAUGAUAAGGAAUAUCUCUCACCAGAGGCAAAAAUAGUUCUGCAGACAGGGAAAAUCCAGCAACCACCAAAGCAGACAGGUGUGUUGGGGGCAGUGAACAAACCUUUAACGGUAACCGCUCGGCGACCAUUCAUUAAAACCACCACCUCCGACACAGGGAGCAACGCAAGCACUAACUCCCAACCCAGCUCGCCUGCAACAAAUAAGAGCAGGGAUGUGAUUUCUGAGGCUUCAGAGACGGGGGCAAGGGAGAAUGAAGAGAAUCCAGUGAUUACAAAAGCAGGAGGUGUAAAGAAGGAAGAGGCUGCUCAGCCCAGUGGGAAGAAACGUGCUGCACCUGCAAGUGACGGCACAGAGAACAGCGUGUCUUCAAACCCCUCUGCAGUGUCAGUGCCCCCUGCCAAUAAACCACGGCGUGGCCGACCCCCUAAAAACCCUGCGGGUGUUGCCACACCAGAUAAAGAGGCUGGAGCUACGACAGGGGGAGGGUCUGGGCGGGGCCGGAAGAGAGCAGCACCAGCUCAGGAUCCCGCCACCACAGCCUCAGCUGAUUCAAUCAGUGUCAAGACACCAAAACAGCAGAAAGAAGCAGAGCCCAAAAGAGCGGGGCCGCAGAGACAGAUUGACCUGCAAAGAUCAGUGAGGGUAGCACAGCGAGAACAGCAUGCGUACCAAGACAUCCGCCUGUCUCAGAAGACUUAUGGAAGUGAAGGGGAGACAGAGAGAGGGUUUGAGUCCAGCCCAGAGUAUGUACACUCACUCACACAGCUACAGGAGCAGCAGGAAGAAGCCAUUCUCGAACAGCUCAGGGGUGCAGCAGGCCCCAAACUGAGAGAAUCCACCUAUGCAGCAGAGCAGGGGGAGCUGUCAGUAAAGCGUCGGUUCGUGAAGACGAGGACGGUCAGGCAGUAAAUGUUUGAAUGACCGAACGAAGAGACACAUCUACUUAAACAUGAAAUGCUCUUCACAAACCUGAACUGUCUUUAUCCCACACCUCAGAAGAAUGAGGAAUGAAUUCUUUAGAUUCAGAUGUUCAAACUUGUAUGUAGAAACACAGAUCUGUUUCUCUUCAUUAGCUUUCUUUUCUUUUUUCUUUUCUGUUGAAAUUGUUCUUGUUGCGCUCUUCCUCUGUCUGGAGCCAUUUUUAAAAACAAACAUUUGAAAGAAAAAAAAAUCUGUUUUAAUCUGCUCUAAGGUUGCUUAUUAAAUACAUGGAAAGAUUUUUUUUUACUGUUUUAUCUCCCUCUCCUCUUUUAACCCUCUAUUAAAUCCAAAUAUUGUCAUCAGA